UUCCCUUCCGGGUUAUUUUUGGAGGUUGGUUUGGAUGGAGCGUCUGCCAGCGUGCUCCUUUUGCGUUCCUCUCAAACUUUGUUUUGAGUGACACCAGGGAGAGAUUCGAUUACUCAAGGACCAGAAAUGACGAGGAGGAAGCAGAACUACCCAAAACGACUAAAAUGUGCUCCUUCAGACGAUGCUGCAGGCCAUGGGUCAGCAGAUGCAGGGAGAGACAACGCCAGUCCUGUAGCCACAGAUGAUGACGACGAUGAUGCAGAAGAAGAUACCACAGGAGAUGAGGAGACUGGUCCACAAUCUCAGCCACAACCACAGACUGGUGACAGGCUGCUGUCAUGUGCAACAGAGAAGUGUCAGGCCCAAGAUCUGCUGCAACUGUGUGAGGUUGAGAGAGCAGCUGAGUCAGAGAAAGUGACCUCAGAGAGCCCCCAGCCAAGUCUCAACAUAUCAGCCCCAGUGCCCCUGACAAGCUUGUCUAAUAUGACUGUUCCUGCCACCUUUGGCGAUGCCAAAACCAAGGACGAUGUGAUAGGUGCUGUGGGCAAAACCAGUUCUGCUAAACCCGCCACUGCCGUUAGUGGCAGCGCUUGGCAUCCUGAUCACACUGGUUCCGAGGGUACUUGCACCACACCAGACCAGGUUUCGAGCAGUCCUACCAGGAUGGCAUCUGUCAUCGUCCCCAUGGCUUCCAUUGCCAGGAAGAUUGCAGCAUCCCCAGAAGAGAAGGCUGUGGAUAGGGCUACUCUCAUAUCCCACACUCACAGCCAUCAGUCCCACCACAGGAGUUUGUAUGAAAAGAUGAUUGCCAUAGCACCUGCAUCGGCUACGGUCACUGGGACCAUAGAGGACCAGCCACUGGACCUGUCCAAAAAGUCCAGCAGGCCUAGGUCUGUUUCAGAUCCAGACCCUCCAACAGCUUCCCGUGUAGGUGGCGGCAGCAGUUUGUUGGGGUUGGAGCGUGAGGGAGCAGCGUUGGUGAACGGCAAGUCAAGUUUGGAGAGCCUGCAGAGAAGGUUUGGGGGAGACUUUGCUCUAGAGCAGAUGCGUCGACCGAGCAGCAUCAUCCCCCUCCAGUCAACAGUCCUCUCCACAAGUGCUGCCCUCCGCCCCCUGGCCCCACCUACCAAUGGGUUCAGCAGUUUGGGGUCAUCUUCAUUAGUAUCUGCAGGCUACCACCAUCACCACCACCAACACAAUCACCACGGUCACCACAGCUCCUCACACCACCAAGGAUCUCUUCCACCAAAGCCAGGUCUUCCACAAAUGGGAGAUCACCUUGACAAACUGCUGUCAGCGGCUUGCAGCAAGAGCAGCAGUCAGCCGUCAUUAUCUGCCCCUUCCUCAAGCAGUGCUUCAUCUGCUGCAGCCAGGAAGCCUUUGACCUCAUCAGCAGUGCAGAACCGGUCCAAGAAAACUGAAUCCAGUGCAUGCCCAAAGACAAAGUCUUGUAGCAGCAGUAGCAAUGUGUCAGCCGUGUCAGGGGCAAGCAGCAACAGCACAUCAGGGGGAAUCAAUGGAGGUGACAGCGAGAGUAAGUACACGAUUCACCGCUGCUCAUGUCAGAAAACGUUUGGAACAUUGUACGCAUUGAGCGCACCUCAGGAGACAGGACAUGUGCCAGGAUCCAGCAAGCAAGCCUCUCUCAUGGAUUACCCGAAGCUCGUUCGUGGACAGGAUAUGUGGCUGAAUCAGGAGUCAGAACAGACACGUCGUAUUUUACGGUGCAUGCAGUGUGGAGAAUCAUUCAAGUCAUUACCAAUGCUGACUGUCCAUAUGAUGCAGACUCAACACUACUCAAAAAUUGUCAGUGCAGACCAUGGACGUCGAUCCCACAAAUGCUCAGCAUACUGUGAGCGAGAGCUGGACCGCGAGUGUAUCUUUAAAUGCAAGGUGUGUCAGGAUACCUACCCUGACAUGGAGGGUCUAGCCAACCACAUGAUUGUAUCAGGCCACCAUAAAAAGCAAGUUCUCCGUUCUCAUAACUAUCCUGAGCUGGGUUUGCGACACAAACAACGCAAGCGUUUCUUAAGUGAUGACCAGGCUGGAUCUACAGUUGCCUCCCUUCUGGAAUACAAGAGGAAGUACUUGGGAGGCAGUGGUGGGUCCAAUGGCUACCUGAGUCAGGUGGGUCAGCCCUCAGGAACUACUGCAGCUGACAGUCACAUCUCGUGUGAGGUGUGUGGCAAAAAGAUUGAGACACGUCAGUUUGUGGAGCACAUUAAGGCAUGCCUCAGGCAAAAAUCUGAGGUGAUUGAUGCUCUGAAAAGCAAACUGUCUGCUGAGGAGAAUGCCACAAGCAAAUCAGGGGGUGCCAGACCUUUUGGUGAAGCAGUGCCAGCAUCUUGUUCAGCUUCCUCGCCUGAUGCAAAUGAACAACCUCUUCCAAGCACAAAAGACAGCGCCCUCUUCAAACGUCUUGAAGUAGCAUCACAGAGCAACACUGGGUCAUCUGAUGAUAAGAAACUGGUGAUGCUGAAGAAAGAGAGUGGUGGUGAUAAUGACAUUGAUGAUAACUGUCAAAAGGAUAUGAGAUGCAAAUAUUUGGCAGAACCCGUGGAUACUGACUGUAAAGAAAUUGAAGGUGAAAACUUUGCAAAAUCCCAGAUGAAAGAUGUGGAAAACAGCCGUGUGAAGUCGCCGGACUGUGAUGGUGAUGACCCUACAUCUCGGACUUUAGGAGAGAACGCUUGUGAAUCAGAAACUUUUGUUAAGAAAGAAUCUCUUCCUGAAGAUGAAACAAAACAAACUGUCAAUAUUCUUCCACCAUCUGAUUUGUCUUUCCCAUCAAAGUCAUUGAAAGAAAACACAGGUUUAAGAACAUCUCCAUUGUUGAAAGAGAGUAUGUCCAAAGAGGAGAUAAAAGUUUCUCGAGACAGUUUAUCUCAGCCGACUGAUGAGGAUAACGCUUCAAGGUCGCCAUGUCCGAGCAGUGAGUUGAGCCAGUCAGGAGGCAGCAAGUUCUCUUCCCCCACAGUCAGUCCACUCUCAUCCUCUAGACAGGUGCCAACUCCUGCUGCUCAAGCCUCAGCAGAGAGGGCAGUCAAGCGAGAAUUGGAGGAGGAGCUGCCAGAAGAAGACAGCAGCAGUAACUGCAAGAAGAUCAAAUUGGAACCAGGUCUCAAUGAGCAAUGUGAACAUCCCACGUCGGAUCCCAGUGUGGUGUCAUCGGAAGGAUGGGAAGAGAAAAAAUCUGGAGACCAAAGUAGUGGUAGUGGUAAGGAAGGAGGGAAGAGCUUAGACAUAAUCGACCCCAACAGCACUGAGGAGGGAGCUGCUGAGGGCGGAAGUUCAGCUCUCAAGGCAAUGGAGUCCUUCAUCCAGCGAAGUUUUAGUUCAAAGUUUGAUGCCCGUCGCAGCUCGCUGUCACCGAUGUUCAGCAUGGUGAGCAGCACCACCCACCUCUCACCACUCCUUGGCAUGAGCAAGGGAGUUCUCCCUCUUUCUUCCUCCCAUCCUCCAGCAUCUAGCAGCUCAUCCUCUUUGAGUCACCUGACCAAGUUCACCAGGUUCUUUUCAUCUGUCCCUUCCUCAGCCUCCAAAUAUCUUGAUGUAGGUUUGGACAUCUCCCACCCAUCUUAUGACAAGGGUGUCCUUUCAGCUCUCAGUGCUAAAUCUGCUGAAAUCCUCGAGCGUAACAGAAUUCACAAUAGAAGCUCACCUCAUUCAGUUGUUAUCAGCAGUUCACUCAAAAAUACUUCAGAAACAAAAGAAAAGUCUGGUGCUCGAGAUCAGAGAGGGAGUGAGAACAAGCAUGAGGAUAUUAGUGAUGAAGAGAACAAUGAGGAUCAAAAUUGCAAUCAGUCACUCACAGGGGACAGUAAGGACAAAGAGGAGAAUUUGGCUGACAAGUACCUCAACCCUGAUGAGGACAGCACUGAUAGUAUCAGCCCAAGCAAGGAGGGAGAAGAAGGUGGUAGUGGUGGAAAGUCUAGUGGCAGUACAGCUGGAAGCAGUGGGGGUGGCAGCGGAGGGAAGCAGUCCGCCUUGGACUCUCUGAGCAGCUUUGUCUAUGGUCAGCCCAUGACCAGCGAGCAUCCUUUGGACAGCCUGCAGAAGCUGCUAGCCAAGUCUGACAUUCCAAAAAUGAUGGCUGCUUCUGCUGCUGCCUCCCAUGCCUUGUACAACCCUCACCAUCCGUACCUUCACGAGCACCCCCUUGACCAUAUUCGCUUCACGCCUCCAGAUUUUCCAACCCCUUCUUCGUCGUCGUCUCUUCCUUUGAACCUGUCGCUGAAGCCAGUGGAUGGUUGCAGUGGUACAGAUGAUGAUGACGACAACUUGGAGUACCCACUUGACUCAGAGUCGCCCUCGACUUCUCGUGAUGGGGAUGAUCGUGACACAAACAGCCCUAGUGGGGCUCAAGGCCCAGAUGGAGAAUUGACUGACUAUAAGUGUACUGCCUGUAGCCGCAGGUUUGCUUCCAAAGGGUCCUACAGGUAUCACCUGAGUCGCUGCCACCUGUCUAGCGUCAAGAAAUAUGGCAUCAAGGAAGCAUUCAAUAUGUCUCCUUAUGUUUACCUACCAUUAGACCACACAGCCAAGUUCACCAAGUACUACCAAAUGGCACAAGAGUUGGCCAACAAAGGCAAGUGAUAGCAUGGUGCAGGUGACCCCAGACUUUGUUGGGAAGCUUUGCAAGUGCUAGCCAUCAACAGAAGACGCUUUGAAUCUAAAUUCCUGCGUAAUCCAGGCAGGUGAGACUAGAAGCAAAGUGAGAGCAUGCAAGGUUUUAUAUUGGGUGUUCACUGCAAGCAGGAUGCAAGUGGGUAGCAAUGACCAGUGAACUGUACAGCCAGAUGGCCAUGGGCUAUGAGUGGUGUUUUAUGUGGCCUUGACAUGAAUAAAAAUAGGUUUCAUCCUGCCAGUGGCAAGCCUGAUGACCUGCAGUUGACUCCUGGAUUCUUGAAGUUCUGAAACACCAGGGGAGAUGGGUGAAGGUGGAUGUGAGCCUGCAUCUCUAAGGACUGAGUUUGACAGAAGUAUCUUUAACUACCUCUGCAAAGUGACCACAGCACAAGGAUACUACAAAAGCAUGUACAUUGUGAUUUCAAGCUAAGGGUGGCCACAUGAUGGCACUCUUCUAGGAAAGAGACUAGAACAAGAAAUGGCAAAUGUAGAAAUGGACAUGAUGUGUAGUAUGUUUUUUCUAGCCUAUGUAAGUUACAGAAAAUGGCAUUAGAAAGAUUGUACUGGACCAAUGAGCAUCACCUUACAGGCGUGUACCCAGAAAGUUUUGAUUUGCUGUAUUUUUUUGUUUGUAGUGUGCGUACAACCCUAACACUUACACUGAAGAGAUCUGAAAUUUUAAAUAGCUUGAAAAAAUGAUACAUCUGUUAUGAUAGCUUGUCAUGUAUGGAUAAAGCUAAAUAUCUGCUUGGUUGACACAAAUCAGUUCUGAAACUUAUUCUUAUCCUUUUCAACCAUUGAUGAGACCUCAGUUAAUAAAUACCAACCAUAGCAUUGGCAGACACAAUCCACAAUGCCUCUAGAAGUUUUUGUAUUUAAGACCACCCCUGAAACCUACAUCAUAUUGGAUUGUAAAGCUUUCAAGAGGUUUUUGUGAAAAGUAGACUGUCAUAUUAAGCCAGAAUGAAGAACAGUAAAAGAAGCAUGCAUCUACUCCGAUUCUAAGCUAUGUGUGACGUCAGUGUGAUGUCUCUGUAAAAGUGAAGCAUUAUUGAAAUUCCUUCUCAAGUAAAAAUGGUUGAAUUUUGUCUUGUCCAAUGAGCAUCCAUUGGAAACCAAGACUAAAUAAAUUUUCAGUUUUAGAGUUUUGCUGUUUGCUUGUUUCCUUGCAAAUUCUUGCACAGACUUGUGCUUAGAAAUCUGCAGACAUGAAUUUGUGCCAUUUUCCAACAUCAGUUUUAUUGUGAAUAGUUUUUGAGCAAGUUUGCCUUUUACUGAAUGUAUGAAAGGUGUUUGACCUGCAUAAUAGUGUACCAAAGAGAAUGUGUGUGUGCUUGGUUGUGGUGUACUUUGUUAGCUCUGAAGUCAGUAUUCAAUCGUUUGUGAGUGGCUUUUCAGACUUUCAGAAAAUUAAAGUACAAUAUUCACAGAGAUUACCAAACAGAAAGUUAGCAAGGAGAAGCAGAGCACAUGAUGGAAAGUCCUUUCAAGACUGUGAGACCGCCCCACCCCUCACCUCAAAAAUCUUUGAUUGUACAUGAGCACAGGCAGUUGUUAGCAUGGCUUCUAAUCCUCAACCCAGAUUUUUGCAUGUUGCAGAAUCUUCAGCUAGAAGACACUAUCACCAGAGAAUAAAAGUUAUUUUCCAAGUAUUCCUUUCAAUCUUGAUGAAAGCUUAUGUCCAGCAGUUUUAUAAAUGUUAUAAAUCGUGCAGGCUGCAAUGGUAUAAUUUUCAGUAAAAAUGACACUGAGAGCAUAGUUUAUAGUUUAAUCUAAACCAGGCAACAAAUGUUUUCUCUCGUCUAUAUUUAAUGCAACAUUAUGGGCUAGCAUUGUCAUCUCUUUCUGGCAUUAUGCAGUUGUGUUCUUAAGUCCCAAUUUUGUGCGCAGUUUUCUCCCUUUAACAAAUUUUAACAGCCUAAGUCAAACGUUGAUAGUUUCGGUGUGUCUACACGCUUGAGUAUGUAUAUUCUUGUGCCAUUGUUCCCCUUCUGUCACUUCACACUUAAACAGCUUAGUCAAACAUUGUACAUGUGUCACUGACACAGCUGGCCAGUGUGUGACACUGACACAGUGUGUGUUGGUUAAAAGUCACACAUACUCCCCUUCUUUCUUUCUUUCCCUCAUUUAAUUCAGCUCUCGUUUGAGGCUCUUUUAGACUCAAAAUGACUUUGCAUAAACUUCAGCAACUUUAAAAAUACGUCAAAUUUGUUCUUGUAUUUUUACCAGUCAUUUCACAUAAGCUUGACCACUGCCAGGUAAUCAGUUGCUUCAAAUGGUUAUGGAAACUAUAACCAUGGGCUAGUAACCACACUUCACCCAAUGGCAAGGGAGGGUUGUAAUUGCAUUGUAAACCACAUUUUUGUUCAGGUGGGAGUUAUCCAUGAAGGUAUUCACAAGUGUCUCGUUAGAAGAAUUGUUUUUGUCAACAACCACAAUUGUCAAUAUUAAGGUUCUAAAACCAUAACGGGAAUUUGAAGGCAAAUUCAUUUAGCAGCUUAAGUAAUCAGUAUAGCAUAAUGAUUAUAAAGUUGAGGCAUACCUGUGAAGAUAAGUUUUUAGUUAUUUUUAAAUUAAAAAUGCAUGGUAAGACUGCUGUGCACACAAACUGACAUAAUGUAAGCAGAGUAUUUAUGAAUGAGCUGAACUUGUACAUUUACCGUUGUGAUGACCAUAUUUGGUUAUCAACAGCUGAAUCAUGCCAUAUGGACGAACGAUGUAGAUCAUUGAGCAAAAUGCAUCAUGUCCAUCAAGUUUUACACGCCUACAUUCUACUGACAGACAUGUGCUAAUAAAUAUAAUGCCAAUGUAUUGAGGUAUGGACUAGCCUGUUGUGCAUUUAAGUGUAUAUGUCAUAUAACAACAGCUUCUACCAAAGUAUUGUCUUGUUUCACCUGCUUGCAUGCAUCUUCAAUAUUGCUAUGCUUCAGGUCUGAAAUUUGAUUACCAAGUUUAUAAUGUAUAAAACUUAUUUGUGAUAUAUGCAUAAUGACUGAUACUGUUUAAUCCCUAAAUGCUGUAAAUAAAACAGCAAAUGUCAACUAUGUGUUGACUGUGUGCAUUAUGUUCCAUUUCAUUCUUGAAAUCCUGUUGAUGUAAUCAUUUUUCUAAAUGCAGAAAUUUAUAUGUAGCUGAAAAAGUCUGCCGUGGUUAUCAGGACACCUGCUGUGAAUGCUGCAUGAAGAUGAAGUUCUUUGAAUCAAACCUGUUUGAAUACCUUUUCAUCUUUGCAAGCUCUUAUCCUAAAUGCCUACCUGUGUAGGCAAUAAAAAAGUGCUUUUGUUGAUUGCAGAAAUCCUUGGCGUGUUUUAUAAUUUGUUCUCUCUUCUUUCACACUUGACCAGUGUUAUGGCAGAUGAUGUAAGUUUUAGCAUCGUGUCUUGUUUUGAAGUUUUGAUAGUUUCGGUGUGUCUACACGCUUGAGUUGGUAUAUUCUUGUGCCAUUGUUCCCCUUCUGUCACUUCACACUUAAAAAGUGCAUUUGAAGAAAAGUUUUUUUUUCUUUUGCUUGUGAGUUAUUUAUACAGUAAUGUCUUUACAUAAGAGUAAAAUAUUUGUUUGAAGACUUAAGUUUGUGCAGCAAUGGCAUGUACAUUUAGAGAUCCUAAUUACACACCAAGCGAAUUUGUUUGCUUUGAGGUUUUAGUGUUUUAUUUAUGCAGCAAUUGAAUUACGCAACUGUGGAAUACUUGUAUGAUGGUUGUAACAGCACCACUGAAAAUUGUUUGUUAAAUUGUUCUAGCAGUACAACUAACUGCAUAGCACUAACUUUUACUUAAAGAAGAUCCUGCAUUACUUUGUUUUGGGCAAACAAGAGAAUGUUUUGCUGAAGUAGCAGAAAUUGAGGUUUCUAGUGUUGAGCUGUUUGCUCAUACGUUUCAAUGGUUGUUUUGCAGUGCACUAAACUGCAAUGCACUAAAUGUUUAAAAUUAUCCCCAAACCCAUCUUUUUUAGGAUUCUGUACCUGUAUGUACCAACAAAAUUUCAUGCAAAGUUGUGAAAGUUACUAAUUCUUUAGUAGAUGGAUGCAGUUUUGUAUAUCAGGUAAGGAGAGCAUGAUAAAAGGUAUUGAUACCUAAUAGAUACUUGCCUGGUGUACAACAGAGUUCCCAAGAGAAGGCCUGCCUAUACCUAGACAUCCUGAAAAGCACUGUACACUUACAUUAUUACAGGCAUCACUGCUCACCUUUCCAUCUUACACACACAGUAAUAAUUGUCAUGAUUCAAAGCUUAAGAAAACCAAAUUUGUUGUCCAAGAUUGUACAGAAGAAAACAGUAACCAUAGCAAAAGACCGGUGCAGGCUGGGAAGGUAUGCACAUUUCCACAUGGCUUUAUCCACAGGAAUGUCAUCAACUACUUGAGUUUUGAAAGUAAUACAGUCUGAUUUAUUUAUCAACUGCAUAAUAGAGGUUUUUCAUUGGGUUUUUGUUUCAAAAUGAAUGGUGCUAUUUCAUGAUUCACAACCUCCUGUGGUUUUUGGAAGUGAUUGUUCAAGUUUGAGAAGAUUCUGUAAUGUUUAUCAUGUUCUUGUAAGGUGGAUAAAAUCUUUCUUAAUGUUUACCACAUUGUUGUAAUAGAUGUUAUUUUCACCUCAGAGCAAAAAAAAAAAAAACUUUUAUAAACUAAAAAUUUCUAUUGCUCCUUAUUUCCAAAGAGUAUCCCUGAUAUUUGACAAUACUUUAUCAAUUGGCUGAUAUAAACUCAUUCUACAUUCAUUUUACUUGCUGUAACAUCAUUGUGGGCUUUGCUUUCUUGAAAGUAUCUUAGCUUUAAUUGUUGCUGAAGGAAGUCUGUCCUUUAGGCCUUGAACAGUCGCUGUGAAAGAACAGAAAGUGAGAAAUCUAAAUAUUGUUUGAUCAGAACUUUGCCAAAUUCCAGUUUCACUGCAGGUGCCGAAAGUUGUUAAGCUUUACCACAAUUUAGGUAAAUUUAAUUAAUUAUAUUAAUUUUUAUUCCUCUUGAGGAAUUGUGAGAAAUUUUUCAAAACUUUUUUUUUCUAUCAAUAAAUGUUUGCAGAAUUCCAGACGGCACAAUUUUGUUAUUUUUCUGUCAGUAAACUGCAGAAUUCCACUGGAACAUGCCAUAUGAUAAAAACAUGUGCAGUCAACUGGAGCAAUCUUUGAUAUGAAGUUACUAAUGAUAGGUAGUGAAGCUUUUCAGGUUUCCACAUGGUAGUUAGAUCUUAUCAUCUGAACAUGGGGGCUGUGCAUGUGUUCAGCAGACCUCUUGCUUUUAACUGGAAGAAAAAUGGCAAGAAGCACCAUUUUAUCCCUUUUGAGUCAACUCCUUUCUGAGGAAAAAUGAAGCAGUAGUAACAUUAAUACACUAGUAUAUUCUAGGAGGUUGCAAAAUCCAAGGGAUUAUGAUUAUUAGGGUAAGUUUUUUAUGUAACAAUCCAGACAGAAUCAGAUAAUCAGAUAAUCUACAAGUUCUUGUUUUAUACUUCCAGGAUACAAUUUACAAUAUGCAGGAUUCAGUGCGCACUUGAAAGAUCAUUCUGAUCAGUACAAAUUUUUUAAAUAUCGAUUGAUGUUGGCAAAAUUCAUAAAUUACAGCAUCUUACCUGUGAUCAACACAUGGUGCAGAAAAGGAGUGCUACCUCACUUGAUGUUAUGUUGCCCACUAUGGCUGUAUGCUAGGAUUCAUCGGGCAGUUUUCACUGAUUGCACUCCAAAAUAUAGUAAUAGUUUUAGUGACAAAAAGUUGGUUUACACCCUAGGAUCAUUAAAUGCAUACAAUAUUUCAGAAAUGUAUUUUGAGAACCAGUUGACAGACUUCGACACACCGACCGCCAAUUAAGUGUUUACACUUCAGUGAAAUGUUACGAGAUGCUAUCUUAUUUGAUGCUGAACCUUAACUUCUUCCGAGGUUAACAAAGGUGUAUGUGUCAUUAGUUCUGCAUAUUGCUGUUAAAGUAGCAUCCAGUAUUUAUUUCUGCUGUUUCUUUGGCCCUUGAAUUUGCAUCUCUUGUGAUUUUAUUGUCAAUGUUACAUCCACCACUUCAUCUGAGUCCCAACUCAUUCAAUUCAGUAAUGGUAUAUGUUGGUAAAUGUAGCAAAACAGAUGAGAUACAAAUGAAAUUACAAUGUCAGUCAAUAUCUUUGCCAAAAUUUGCUCUUUUUUAUUUUAGACGAUGCAUCUUAAAAUGGGUAGCAAACAAUUAUGGAUACCUUGGCGCCAACUUCAUGAAUUAAACAGUCUACAAGCUUUUCAAAAGGAAUAGUGUAACGCUGGUUAGGAUUGAGUGAAUAGUGUGGAUCUAGACAGCCCACAAAGGACACAAGAAUCAGGGCUAGUGAGCAAAUAGAAAGCCUGUCCUGUCUAACAAUAGUCAGAUGGUAACCACUUGGGUGCUGAAGUCUCAGGCUUUACUUCCUGUUCUUCACAGCAUAUUUGUAUUUUCCAUCUCUGGUGUCAAGUUUUCUCAGCCACACUAGCUAAAAAAGCACAGAUGAUUGGCUGCAUGCCAAGCUGCCAUCAAUCCUAUACCUUAACUGCACACAGUGAGCCAGAAAAACUUUUUUUCAUUUUAAAAUUUGUGCUUAAAGGCAUUAAUUUGUGCUAUGAUUAUGAAUGGUGUCUUUAGAGUGCAAUAUACUUUUCGCAUGUGGAAUGGUCUUUAAGGGCAAAAAAUAUAAUCUUUGUACUUAACUGCCUGUGAGCUACCGGAAAUGUGUAAUGACAUUUAAAAAGAACAAUGCUCAUCAACUAUUAGUUGAUACAAAUUAUAGUUAAAGAAUUGUUUAAGCGAGAUGUUGAAAUUGAUCUCUUGUAAAAAUAAAAUGACAAUAACAUCUUUAGGUUUGCUGUAAGGGAAAACCAACACAUUUUUAAGGAGGUUGAGUGUAAACACUUUCAGGAUGGAAGAACAGAGCUGUAGAAUACCACAAGAGACUUUUUGGUUGGGUUAAAACGGCGAGAGUGUCCACCUCCUUAGAGAAGAAAAACCACAUAUUUGAUUUUUAAGGCAGGAGCCCCGGGAUGAAACCACCUGUGGUCUGCAAACAGAUAUCACAUUAGUGAUAUGGCGGACACAGUCUCAGCAACCCAUUAUCUUCACUACAUUUUUGCAGCAGAGUGCUAUAAAGAGCAAUGUUUCAUUAACUGACAGGUAAGAGAUCUUUCAGAUAACCACUGAAGUUCUCUAAAAAUCAAGCAAAUAAGUGAUCAUAGACUUAAAUCAGAUGUAGAGUUGGUGCAUAGUUAAAAAGCAUGUUCCAUAACCAUGGCAAUUUGGAGGCCAGUGACAUUUUAACUGCCACUGGUUUUAGCAACAGGUUCUGUUGGUCCCCCUUGACCCUGGAAAAUUGCCUUGCCCUCCAUUGUGCAACUACACUUUUUGCCUUUGCACCUUGUAUGUUUUGUCUUGCCUCAUUGCCUAAACUGUUUUAACAAUAACGGUGCUCAGAAACACUAGGUUCAGUAGCCCUGAAUUUUAUUAUUUGUGUGCAGAUUCAGUCACUUUAGAGCUGACUUGUCUUCACAACAUUGACAUAGGGUUUGCUUUACUAGACAGUCAAUCCUUGACUAGGAUGAAAUCUGGGCAGUUGAGCAUUUUUUAGAGGUACCUUGACUAUUUAGACUAGAAUCAUCACAAGUCUGCAGUUGCUUAUUUUACUUUACAUUAUAAUACACAUUUAGAGGUAUAGGCAUUUUUUAAAUACCUUCCGACUGUUCAAGACUGGCAAAUUUUCUCCUUCACCAUUAUCUUGAAGCAUAAUAUAAGGACAGGGGAUGUAGCUCACUUGUUCUGUUCAUCAGUUAAUUAGGUGGAUAAUAAUGCAAUAGCUGUCAAAACCAAGGGACUUUGUCAGCAUCGUUUUUUAAGAGAGCUGUUUAAUGCACUUAUUUUGCUGUGAAAAUAGCUAAUUCUUAUGUCUUGGGCUUUUUUGUGCAUCUACAGCAAAGUAUUGUAUGCAUAUUUCUUUUAUAAGAUGAGAUUCAAAGUUAAAAAAAAACAACAGUACUUCCACUGUUACUUCUCUUUAAAUCCUUGAUGUUUGAAAACCGAACUGAUCAAUUAAAGUAUAUUUGUAUUUGUUUUUA